CGAUUACAGGAAACUGUACCACACGGUGACAUUUGACAAGAAAACCCUCCAACAUGGCGUAACAAAUAUUAUUAAUCAAACAUUUGUUUGUUUAUAUUUUAACACUAAUUGGUGAUAGUGGCGUAACAUAAACACUCGUUUGUGGCGAUGUCUCGCGUUAAGUCGCGCCAGAAUGUCGAAAUUUGUGGCGACUGUGGUGCCCCUGAUGCGACUUGGGCUUCCAUAAAUAAGGGCAUUCUGCUCUGUACGCAAUGCUGCAGCAUACACCGCAGUCUCGGGCGGCACAUCUCACAAGUGAAGUCGCUCCAAAAGGGCAGUUGGAACCCGAACCAAUUAGCUAUGGUGUGUACGUUGAAUAAUAACGGGGCUAACAGCAUAUGGGAGCACAAUCUUCUGGAGAACAACGGGAAAUUGAUGAAAAAGAAGCCCAAUCCCAAAGAUGCCAUCAGUGUCAAGAGCGAGUUUAUUAAGGCGAAGCACCUGCAGUGCGCUUAUACGUUCCGCGACAACGCCACCUAUGACGAGGGGCUUGAAAAUGAGCUGGGGAAGCAGCUGCACGCUAGCGUGAGGACACCAAAUUUGGAGACUUCGUUCCGGUUACUUGUGCAAGGAGCUGAUCCGAAUUAUUUUCACGAUGAAAGGGGCACCACACCCCUACAUAUAGCCGCUAAAACUGAGCAGAAGUUACAAGUGGAACUUUUGUUAGUUUACGGUGCUGAUCCAACAUUCCCAGAUGCCCACGGCAAAACACCCAUCGAUUAUGCAAAGAAAAAUGUCAAUAAAGAUUUGUUGAACAGAUUAAUAGAAAGUCAAUAUGAAGUUACGGAUGCGUUCAUACAGUAUUUGACUCACAAGAGGCCGGAUCACCAAAAUGGCAUACAUUUUAUUUUGCCACAAGGCGGCUUUGAAUCAAAUCCUAAUUCCCUCACAAAGUUGCAAAAGAUGAAAAAUGCGCUCUUUGAACAGUUAGCCAUGGACGUGUAUGAUGAAAUUGACAGGCGGGAAACAGAAGCAAUUUGGUUGAGUUGCGUGGACGCAAUUGAUCUAAACGUGGUCCCUUUCCUUCCCGUGGACUCAACAAUGUCAAAACCGCGAAAUCAAGGUCGUCAAAAAUUGGCCCGUUUUUCAACUCCUGAAUUAAAAAGUCUAGUUUUUGAUAUCUUAAUUGACACACAAAGACGCCAGUUGUUAUCCGAGACAGGCCCCAAUCGAACGCACCUUCGUGAAUAUUCGCCCGUUUCGGACGACGAUCCGCUUUACGACUCUGUGGCACCUGACGAAGAUUACGCAUUGCCGCCAAUUCAAGAAAACGAAAAACCACAAACCGACACCGUCGAACAGCUCACAAAACAAUUGAAGGCGUCGGACAGCACCAUCUGUGAUCUCAAAGCGGAAGUGAAUCAAUUAAAAGCGCACGUCGAGAGUUUGAAGUGCGAAAAUAUCGAACUGAAAACGCGUUUGUCCCAGUGCAAAGUUCCAGAGACCAAUAACAGUAUUAACGGCGAUGAGUUUAGUUCGCUACAACCGAUAAUAUCGAACGGUGAUGUUGAUUUGCGACAAAAUCGUAAAAAUCAGCGUCCGUCGAGCAUGUAUGAGACUCGAGAAGGCCUAAAAACACCAAAUUGGCAAUUGUUGAAAAAUCAAAUCAAGCAAAACGAUCAAUUACGCAACGCCACGCAAAGUUUGUACGGGACGGCUCAAGACAAACAAACCGUUUUUGAAUGCACCGAAUUGAUAACACGAAGUAUUCAACAGUUGUGUAAAAGUAUUCAGGAUCGGGAUAAAGAAGAUUGUGUCGAUAGUGGGGAAAAAGUCAAGUUUGCUGUACUCAGACUUGCCACGAUCUUGCCGAAAGAAACAGAGAAGAAAAGUAUCAAGCCCAUGUGCGAUAUUUUACCGCAUUUGUUGGCGGAGUGUUACUCGUUACAAACUGCCCACAAGGAGGGCGAUGCCGCUAAAAUAGAACGUCAUCUUACUAAAAUAAGGGAAUUGUCAUUUUACUUAGCUAAGCACACGAAGGACAUACUAACGAGAUAUUCAUCCGCGCAAUGAUUAAUUCCAGUGUUUUGAUUCCUUAUUUAUUACGAAUAACAGUAAGCUAUUAAUUGUUUCUCAAAAGUUUUAACAAGUGUUAUGAUGGAAUGUGCAAUUUGAAUAAUUGUUUUUAAAAAUGUUGCUCCAGAUUGUUUUAAAUUUUAACUUAUUGCGAUUGUUCGUAGCUAAUAGACUGAUUGUAUCUGUUUAUCCAUCAUUGAAUUGACAUAAGGUGCUAAAAUCUACAUCACUGUUGCCAGUUUAUCUUCCAUACGGUUAUGUCAAUAGAUUUUAUUUGUAUAAAAGUGACUGAAAUAUUCUAUAUUAUUAUAAAGACAGUAUAUACUAAUAAGAGAAGCUUUUAUAUAAUCCAAUAAAUAAUUUUAAUUAA